GGGGCGCGCGCGGUCGGUCGGUCAUCAGCCGCGGCUUCGGUUUCCGCGGAGUAUUUCCGCUUCCGCGAGGUGAAGCAGGAAAGCGGCGAGCUGUUCCGCUGAGCCUGUGUGUGUGUGUGUGUGUGUGUGGGGUGUAAAAUGAGCCCCCGCGGCGGAAACGGAGACAUAAAGCGGGUUAAUCCUCACAGGCGGCCGGCGGUCACGCGCAUGUCCUGUAUUUGCGCUUCCGGGUUCGGACCGUGAUGGAGAUGGACCGAGAGGACGGUACCGAGCUCGUCCUGUCUUUCGCUCUGGAUGUCGGUGACAACCGAGCCGCAGGGUCUAAAGCAGCUCCUCAGAGUUCCCACAGGAACCGCGGGUUUCAGGCCCCGCCCACAUCCGCCCAGCACUCAGCGGGAGUCCGGGUCACUUCCGGGGGAACCGAGCUCAACGGGUUUCCAGAACCUGACGGUGGGGUUGAGCUGAGUCUGCAACCAGAGGAUGGGGAAUCCAAACCAGGCACAUCUGGACACAUCAGGACGCCAGGUGGAGAAACCGGUCCCAACCUCAGUCAGCACAGAGCUCUCGGUUGUUCCGGUGUUCACCUGACAGCAUCGGGACUCCGAAACUCAGCAAACGGGGAAGAAGGGGUGGAUCUUUUCGGAUUCCAUGCCGGUGGCGGAACCAAUCUGAUCACAUCUGGAGAAACAUCAGAUACUCGACGAAACCACUCCAGACGGUUCGUAUCUGGCGAAGCAGCUUGCGCUCAUGGACAUGAUGGUCCCCUGACUGCAUCUGGACACACAAACACGUUAGAUGCAGAUGUUUGGGAAUUCCGUGUCAAUACAUUUGUGAUUGGAGAAUCCAGUGGCAAUCAAACCACAUCUGCAGAAAUAUCAGGUGAUCGAGGAGCCAACACAAGCUGGGAUAUAACUGCGAGUGAAACCGAUGGCGGUCUGACGGCAUCUCGACCCGGAACCACAUCAGAUGGAGAACGUGCAAAUAUCUGGGAAUUUCAUGGCCAUCCAGCUGUGAUUGGAGAAAUCAUCAGUACCGGGAAAACCAGUGGUAAUCAGACAACAUCUGGAGAAAUAACGGGCUGGGCCCAUGUCAGUCCAGUUGCUUUAGUAGAAACAUCAGGCCCCAGGGAAUCCAGUGCUGUAUCUCAAGAAACGGUAAGUAUCAGGGGGACUGUUUGCGGAACCAGUUUGCCUGCAUUUGGGGAAACGGACGUUUCCAGAUGCACCCAGGUCAGCUCGGCUGUCGCAGAGGAAACUUCACAAACUGGUGAAACCGACGCUAGUCCAAGUGUAACUCAUGAAAUGGUGGAUGUUGGAGGAACCAGUGCUAGUUUGUCUACAUCUGGAGAAACAGCGUGUACCAGGAAAACCAGUCCUGGCCCAGUUGUAGCUGGAAUCAGUGGGAGCCUGACCACAUGUGGAAACGUAAAUACAUCAGAUGUCAAAACAGCAGCAACCUUCAGUGGAGAUCCCACAAGUUUGAGGGAAAGCGCUGUGAGCCAAGUCGAAGCUGGACCCACCGACACGCUGCUGCUUGUGGACGGCGCGUCACCUCGGGAUCAGGUUUCUGGGAAUCUCCAUCUGGGAAACGAUGCGAUGAAAGCCAAGUUUGCGAUCAGGGAAAAUCCAGACUGUCCACGGGUUUGUGUCGGGACGUGUCCGAGUUCCUGGCAUACGGAAUUAGAGAUGAAAAUACCCAACGGAGACGUGAACUGUGACAAAUUACAGAUGGACAGAAUUCAGUGUGAAGGAACGUUUACAAGCAAAGCUCUAGACAAAGGUGUCCGGGUGGGAAAUUGUGGAUAUUUGGUUAUAAACCAAAGAACCAUUUCAAGAACCUCCUCCAUCCCUGUUUAUUCCAUCAGGGAGCCGUGGAGCACCACAGAACGGCAACAGGAAUUGAGAAGCACCUCAGAUCUUGGACCCAAAACCAUCUCGGACUUCUCAAAACUUUCUCUAGCUAACGUUAAUGAAGAUGUGAGCAACCAGGAGAUUGAACCGCGACCAGACUACAGUGUAGACUUUAGCGACGGUGUUGGUGUGGCGAGACCGCGGACUCUGAGGACUAACCUCGGGCCGGGGAAGGUGGUGUCAUGGAGCUGUGACUCCACCCCCUUGAACGAUGACGACGCUGGUUAUUUCGUAGAUGAUGGAGACAUGGAUGUUAUUAUGAACAGCGUGGAGCUCGGCCGGCGACGGAGCGCUCCUGAUAAACUCCAGAAGAGCAAACGUGUCGAUCCUGAACCUUCAGCCGAGCAGACGGUGAACAGGAGGCCCGGUUUCACUGAUUUCCUCACGAGAAGUCUGUUUUCCUGGAAAGAGUCGAAGGCCACGGCAGCUGCAUCCGGGUGGAGAUUAUUUGGGAAAAUGUCUCCCAGAGGAAACGGGAAAGACUCCGGAAUCCCGCAGCAGACUGAGACAGUGAGACAUAGGAAACUGGAGUUUGAGCCUCUCUCCACGACGGGCCUCAUUCUGGAGGACAGACCUGCGAACCUGCCGGCAAAGUGUGAGGAGGAAGCUCAGAGACACAGACAGCAGUACAGUGAGAUGAUGGCAGGAGCCAAGAGGAGGGAGCUGAAAGAGGCUCAGCGGAAAAAGAAGCAGAUGAAGGAGAGACACCGGCAGGAGGAGAGCAUCGCUCGUGCUGUGGUCAUCUGGAACACGGAGAUCCUGCCCAACUGGGGGAACGUGAGGAACACGCGGCGUGUGCGGGAGUUGUGGUGGCAGGGUCUCCCACCGAGCAUCCGCGGCAAAAUCUGGAGCCUCGCUAUCGGAAACGAGCUAAACAUCACCCCCGAGCUGUAUGAAAUCUUCCUGUCUCGAGCGAAAGAGAAGUGGCGCAGUUUCACAGAGACGGGUUCUCUCAGUGAGGGUGAAGACUGUGGUGUGGAUAAGGAGUCGAGUUUGGACCUGAUUAAGCUGGACAUUUUCAGGACUUUCCCCUCACUCUAUAUCUUCCAGAAGGGUGGGCCGUAUCAUGAUGUUUUGCACAAUGCCUUGGGCGCGUACACGUGUUACAGACCUGAUGUAGGAUAUGUGCAGGGAAUGUCCUUCAUAGCUGCUGUUCUUAUUCUGAACCUUGAGGAAGCUGAUGCCUUCAUUGCCUUUGCUAAUCUCCUCAAUAAACCAUGUCAAAUGGCCUUCUUCAGGGUGGACCAUGACCUGGUGUAUAAAAUCAAGCACCUCGGCGUGCAGACUGUUUUUACAGUUUGGAGCUGGCCCCUUCCUCUUCCAGCAUGACUGUGCACCAGUGCACAAAGCAAGGUCCAUAAAGACAUGGAUGACAGAGUCUGGUGUGGAUGAACUUGACUGGCCUGCACAGAGUCCUGACCUCAACCCGAUAGAACACCUUUGGGAUGAAUUAGAGCGGAGACUGAGAGCCGGGCCUUCUCGGCCAACAUCAGUGUGUGACCUCACACAUGCGCUUCUGGAAGAAUGGUCAAAAAUUCCCAUAAACACACUCCUAAACCUUGUGGACAGCCUUCCCAGAAGAGUUGAAGCUGUUCUAGCUGCAAAGGGUGGACCGACGUCAUAUUGAACCCUAUGGAUUAGGAAUGGGACGUCACUUAAGCUCACAUGUGAGUCAAGGCAGGUGAGCAAAUACUUUUGGCAAUAUAGUGUGUGUGUGUGUGUGUGUGUGUGUGUGUGUGUAUAUAUAUACUGUGUAUGUGUGUGUAUAUAUAUAUAUAUAUAUGUAUGUCACUGCCUAAAAUCAGAGCUCCUGAUGAGUUUAUGAGCAAAAUAUUUACAAGAGCACAAAAUCCCCCUGCAUAGAAUAAUAUUACAGCACCAUGAAUGAACCCUCGAAACGUGUCGUGUCGUGUUUUUCACCUCAAUAAAUCACUGCAUUGUCUUGUGACAGUGAGACCAAUAAUGAGACACAUCGCAGUUAUGAUACAGAUUUAUUCCUUUUUUUGACGCCGCAUGCCGUGCGCCAGAAACACCACCAGCACAUUUGUUAUGGUGAGACUCUGCUGGGUGCCUGGGGGACAGCAGUGAACCAGCGCUUUCACUUUACACCACUGCUGUAGAGUUACCAUGCUAUAGACGCCUUCGCAUGUUUGUAAACAAACCGACCGUUGCCAGGAUGCGCGCGCAGCCUGGACUCAGAAACAAUGGCGCUGCCCAUAGACCGGCAUUAUGAGCUGUCAGAUUAUGCCAAACAAUUGUCGUUACAAGAUCGAGAAUGCUACAUAAAUAAGUUAACUCUAACAAGUGGACAUCGCCUACCGGAUCCGCAUUUAAUUAAAGAGUGGACGGACGAUGUUAGUAAGUUCCCUGGUAUACAAUGGCCAGAUAUAUACUCGUACCUUAUUGACAAGACUUCAGUGUACACCCACGAAAAACUUCGUGCCUACAAGUCUUUAGACGCAUAUGAUUGUUAUGUGUGGGCAUGUACAACUUGAUUAACAAUGGGACAUUCAUAUUCAUUUUGUUUUAAUCAAAUUAUGCCAGUGAUGUGAUGGCAAUGUGGCUUUAGCUACAACAGCAAAUACCAACACUAAACAGCAAUUUGCAGGAGGUAAUGGCAUGAAAGGAAUGAUAGUGUAAAGAGUGCAGCUAAGAGAAAUCAGAGCUGCGUAAAAAGCGAGAGGCAGAGAGCAGAAAUGAAACUGAACGGGGCGGGAGCUAGGGUAGAGCAGUCAGCGUAAGUUGGCAUUUAGAGUGAGGGCACACAAUUUUACCUUUCCAUCCUUGCUUUAAAAUUGU